CACGCCACACACGCCCUGAUAUCGACGGGCCGUUUUUCUUUAGUUGUAACUAGUUCGUAAUUUUUACAAUUAAUCUAUUCAAUAUUUACUAUUUAUUAUUUAGAAUUUUAAUUAAAGUGCUUCCGAAGUAUAGAUAAAAUAAAAUUGUGUAUAACAAAAACUAAAUACAUUUGACAUUAUAUUGUAAAGCGUGUUUUACACUGAAUUUAAAAACAUUUAAAUAUAUUUUCACUGAUAUAUUUUUUACAAGUUUGUAAAGUGGUAUCUUUAAGUAACGUAAAAUGAAUGAAAUAGAUCUAAUAAAAGAAGUUGAAAGACGUCCGAUAUUGUACGAUAAGUCAGUGAGUGGUUUUAAUAAAACUAAACUAAGGGAUGACGCUUGGAAAGAGGUGCAAGAGGCUCUUAAUGUGUCAGAAGCGGAAUGCAAGAAGCGUUGGCGUUCUCUGAGAGAUUCGUUUAUUAAAUUGCAAAGGACCCACGGCGGCAAAACGCGCUGGCCUUAUUUACACGCCAUGAGGUUUCUGUUACCUCACGUCGAACCAAAGAAUGAUACACAAACAAAACGAGAAACUUCGGAUUCGGAACCGGAAGAAGAAAUACGUCACCGUCCUGGUCAUUCACUGCCCGAUCUAUCGUAUCAGGACUCGCGUCCGCUGGAGGAGGACGAAGACUCCCAACCGGCGAAGAAGAUGAGGCUCAACUCUACAGAGGAAGAACCGUGUCAUUGCAACAGGACAGAUCCCGACGAGCUAUUCCUAUUAAGCUGUGCUCCUACAUUAAAACGGCUAAAUUCUAAACAGAACGCUGUAGCGAGACUGAAAAUACAACAAGUCUUAUACGAAGCGGAGUUCGGAAGUCAAAUGGAGCUACCCUACGUGACACCCGCCAGCGACUGCGGCUACGAGAACACUGACAACUCCGCCGAAUAAUUCGCUUUAUAAUGACGUCCAUAUUUAAAAUGGUGUACAAGCAACAGCUGACAUCUUAGAUUAUUGACCAAUAUUAUUAUUAUGAAGUUACCUGUCAGUUUAAAUGAUAAUUUUAAUUUUAGUUAAAUAUUAAAGUAAUAAGACCAUUAAGGGUACAAAAUAAGUGAAUUAAUAAUAGUAAUAAUGAGUAAAUGUCGUACCAGGGGUUCCAAGUUCAUCGUGUACCGAAACACCGAAUAUAUUAACUUUAUUUGAUAGACCUUAGACAGUAUUAAUUCACAAAGCCGACUACACAUUACAAUUCUAUAUUAUUUAUUACGUUACAGUGACGUUUGUUUCAUUUAUAAAAAUAGUUUUGUCCAUUUACAAAAUUUCCUAAGACUAAAGCUUCCACACAUUUUGGAUGUAGAAUAAAUUGUAAGAAUUUAAAUAAAUAGUUUUUAUGUCAAUCUUACACUUAUUAAAUUGAAAAGUUUCUUUACUCUUAGUUGGCAGUUACUCUUAUUUGAUAGUUUUUUGAAGAAAGUAAAUUCGAUAUAACAAGCCAUUACCCAAUUAAGUUUAUAGGUUAAAUAAUAAUAAUAAUAUUUAACCACGUCACAUUUUUUUUUAAUUUAUUAUUGAUAAGAAAAUAUUCGAUAGGAAUAUAUGCAUUUUUUGCAAUCAGCGCCAUCUAUCGAUGAAUAAGUUGAAUGCGAUAAAUGCACCGAUAUAAUUGAUUUUAACCCGUGUGGCGCUGCGAAGAUAAUACUUAGAUACAUUACCAUGAAAUUAAAUAUUGUUUCUUGCAAAUAAAGGAACGUAAAGAUUAAAACUAAAGUACUGUCUCCUAUUACAUUAUAGUAUUUAAAUUUAAAUAGUAAUUUUCGUUACAUUUUAAAUAUUUAAUACCAGUUUUUAGUACAAUAUUGUAAGAUAAUAUAAUUUAUAAUUAAAAAUCUAUUGAUUAUUUCGUGUUUCAGUAAUGCUCUGUGUUUGAUGUUAUUUUAUGUAGUCGUACUUAAGUUCAGAAUUUAAAUAACCAUAUAUUUGUUUACUAUUUUCUAAAUAUUUCAGCACUUUUUAAAAACUGAAUUCUGUUUUUUUUUUUUUUGGUGACUUUAAAACCUCUUUGGCGUUUUUGAACGAACAAAGAAAAUUAUUAAUAAAAAGACAACUCCCAUAACCUGCAUCUGUCAUAGUGAGUUAUGAUUUAUACAAUGUUACUUUGUUGACGUAAUUCCAUUGUAUUACUUUCUCUGUACAAAGGGUUAAUACAACUUUCUAAUGUUUUGUUGUGGUAAUUUUUUAACCUAGCCCUUUUGGUUAUAAUAAUAGACCGUGCUAUUUUAAACCUUAACUAAUUCUAAUAAAACUUAGUAUGUUAUGGCGAUGCAAUAAGAAUUUAUGUAAUGUUCAC